CUAAUUUCACAUUUUCAGUUCAUUUGAUCUAAUUACAAAAUAUUUUGAAAGUCGAACUUCUAAUUAGUGCUCAAGAUGGAGCCAGCAGAUUUAAGUAAUUUGCGAGGCCGAAGUUUAAGAGCAAGUAUAAGGGGAAGUAUGAGAGGAAGUAUAAGAGAAAAUAGCAAUUCAAUAUGGAGAAAUAAUGGCGCUGAGGUUUUUUCGCGUUCGGCAAGGGAUGAAGAUGAUGAAGAAGCACUUAAAUGGGCCGCACUCGAAAAGUUACCAACUUAUGAUAGAUUAAGAAAAGGUAUAUUAUUUGGAUCACAAGGUGCUGCUGCUGAAGUUGAUGUAGAUGAUCUUGGUGUUUUAGAAAGAAAGAAUUUGCUUGAAAGGCUUGUUAAAGUUGCUGAUGAAGAUAACGAGAAGUUCUUGUUGAAACUCAAGAACAGAAUUGACAGGGUUGGGAUUGAUUUUCCGUCAAUAGAAGUGAGAUUUGAGCAUCUAAAUAUCGACGCAGAUGCAUAUGUAGGAAGCAGAGCUUUGCCUACAUUUACCAACUUCAUUUCUAACUUCGUUGAGGGCCUAUUGGAUUCAAUUCACAUACUUCCAUCAAGAAAAAGGCAAGUAACAAUUUUAAAGGAUGUUAGUGGCAUAGUUAAGCCCUGUAGAAUGACUCUUCUUUUGGGACCUCCUGGUUCUGGAAAAACUACUUUGUUACUUGCUUUGGCUGGAAAACUUGACUCUGCUCUAAAGGUUACAGGAAAGGUGACAUAUAAUGGACAUGAAUUACAUGAGUUUGUGCCACAAAGAACUGCCGCUUAUAUUAGCCAGCAUGAUUUGCAUAUUGGAGAAAUGACUGUUAGAGAAACGUUGGAGUUCUCUGCAAGAUGUCAAGGCGUUGGCUCUCGUUAUGAGAUGUUGGCUGAACUAUCAAGAAGAGAGAAAGCAGCUAAUAUUAAACCAGAUGCUGAUAUUGAUAUGUUCAUGAAGGCUGCAUCAACAGAAGGACAAGAAGCCAAAGUGGUUACAGAUUACAUUCUUAAGAUACUGGGACUGGAUAUAUGUGCAGAUACUAUGGUGGGAGAUCAAAUGAUAAGGGGUAUUUCAGGAGGACAGAAGAAGCGUGUGACGACUGGUGAAAUGAUUGUUGGACCAUCUAAAGCACUUUUCAUGGAUGAAAUAUCAACUGGAUUGGACAGCUCCACUACUUACUCCAUUGUGAAUUCCUUAAAGCAAUCAGUUAGAAUAAUGAAGGGAACAGCUCUGAUUUCUCUCUUGCAACCUGCCCCCGAGACCUACAACCUGUUUGACGAUAUUAUACUGUUAUCCGAUGGGUAUAUUGUUUAUCAGGGUCCGCGAGAGAAUGUGCUCAACUUCUUUGAAUCCAUGGGAUUUAAAUGCCCAGAGAGAAAAGGCGCGGCUGACUUCUUGCAAGAAGUGACAUCUAAGAAGGAUCAACAGCAAUAUUGGGUAAAGAGGGAUGAGCCUUAUCGGUUCAUCACAUCAAAAGAAUUUGCUGAAGCUUAUCAGUCUUUCCAUGUUGGAAGAAAAGUAAGCGAUGAGCUGGCAACCACAUUUGACAAGAGUAAAAGCCACCCUGCUGCUUUGACUACUCAAAAGUAUGGUAUAGGGAAGAGACAACUUUUGAAGGUUUGCACCGAAAGAGAACUACUGCUAAUGCAAAGAAACUCAUUUGUUUACCUCUUCAAGUUCUUUCAGCUCCUGGUAAUUGCACUUAUGACAAUGACCAUAUUUUUCCGAACUAAGAUGCCUCGGGAUUCUGCAGAAGAUGGAAAUAUAUAUUCUGGUGCUCUCUUUUUUGUGGUUAUUAUGAUUAUGUUUAAUGGUUUGUCCGAGCUCCCUAUGACACUUUACAAGCUUCCGGUCUUCUACAAGCAAAGGGACUUUCUCUUCUAUCCUUCGUGGGCUUACGCAAUUCCCUCAUGGAUCCUCAAAAUCCCUGUAACUUUUGCUGAAGUUGGGAUGUGGGUGUUCCUCACGUAUUAUGUCAUCGGAUUUGAUCCCAAUGUUGGAAGGUUUUUCAAACAAUUUUUGCUACUCUUACUAGUAAACCAGAUGGCAUCAGCGUUGUUCAGAUUUAUCGCGGCAGUAGGAAGGACCAUGGGAGUUGCUAGCACAUUUGGAGCAUUUGCUCUUCUUUUACAAUUUGCAUUGGGUGGUUUUAUUCUUGCACGAAACGAUGUGAAGGAUUGGUGGAUUUGGGGAUACUGGACGUCACCGUUGAUGUAUUCUGUGAAUGCAAUUCUUGUGAAUGAAUUUGAUGGGCAAAAGUGGAAACAUAUUGUAGCCGGUGGAACUGAGCCGCUUGGAGCUGCAGUGGUAAGAGCUCGAGGGUUCUUCCCCGAUGCAUAUUGGUACUGGAUAGGUGUAGGGGCACUUGCUGGAUUCACAGUUAUGUUUAACAUCGCCUACAGUGUUGCUCUCGCUUAUCUUAACCCAUUUGAUAAGCCACAAGCUACGAUUUCAGACGAGAGUGAGAAUAACGAAAGUGAAUCAUCACCCCAGAUAACUAGCACACAAGAAGGAGAUUCUGUCAGUGAGAAUAAGAAGAAGGGAAUGGUUCUUCCAUUUGAUCCCCAUUCCAUCACCUUUGAUGAAGUGGUAUACUCCGUUGAUAUGCCUCCGGAAAUGAGAGAGUCAGGUACCAGUGAUAAUAGAUUGGUACUUUUGAAGAGUGUGAGUGGAGCUUUCAGGCCGGGUGUUCUCACAGCUUUGAUGGGUGUUAGUGGUGCUGGAAAGACAACACUGAUGGAUGUCUUGGCUGGAAGGAAAACCGGUGGUUACAUUGACGGGAGCAUCAAGAUUUCUGGAUAUCCCAAGAAGCAAGAAACAUUUGCACGUAUAUCCGGAUACUGUGAACAGAAUGACAUCCAUUCACCGUAUGUCACAGUUUUUGAGUCAUUGGUUUACUCAGCUUGGCUGCGUUUACCUCAAGACGUCGAUGAACAAAAAAGGAUGAUGUUUGUUGAGGAAGUUAUGGAUCUUGUGGAGCUUACACCAUUAAGAUCAGCUUUAGUCGGGUUGCCAGGAGUUAACGGUCUGUCAACUGAGCAACGUAAAAGGUUAACGAUUGCAGUUGAACUAGUGGCAAACCCCUCUAUCAUUUUUAUGGAUGAGCCAACUUCAGGGUUAGAUGCAAGAGCUGCUGCCAUUGUGAUGAGAGCUGUUAGGAACACUGUCGAUACAGGAAGAACCGUUGUUUGUACUAUUCAUCAGCCUAGCAUUGACAUUUUUGAGGCUUUCGACGAGUUGUUUCUAAUGAAACGAGGAGGACAAGAGAUAUACGUUGGUCCAUUAGGCCGCCAAUCAUGCCAUUUGAUAAAAUAUUUUGAGUCGAUACCUGGAGUAAGCAAAAUAGUGGAAGGUUACAAUCCAGCAACUUGGAUGUUAGAAGUCACAGCCUCAUCUCAAGAAAUGGCAUUAGGGGUUGAUUUUACUGAACUGUACAAGAAGUCAGACCUCUACAGGAGGAACAAAGCCUUGAUUGAUGAACUAAGCGUGCCACGACCUGGUACAAGUGACCUGCAUUUUGAUUCUGAAUUCUCACAGCCAUUUUGGACCCAAUGUAUGGCUUGUCUAUGGAAGCAACACUGGUCAUAUUGGCGUAAUCCGGCUUAUACUGCAGUCAGAUUUAUCUUCACAACCUUUAUAGCACUCAUUUUCGGGACAAUGUUCUGGGAUAUUGGUACCAAAGUGAGUAGGAACCAAGAUCUGAUUAAUGCUAUGGGAUCUAUGUAUGCUGCUGUUCUCUUCCUUGGCGUACAAAAUUCAUCGUCAGUUCAGCCCGUUGUAUCCGUUGAGCGUACUGUAUUUUACAGAGAAAAAGCUGCUGGAAUGUACUCUGCUAUACCUUAUGCCUUUGCACAAGUUCUCAUUGAAAUACCUUAUAUAUUUGUACAAGCUACUGUCUAUGGUCUCAUUGUCUAUUCUAUGAUUGGAUUUGAAUGGACUGUUGCAAAAUUCUUUUGGUACUUCUUCUUCAUGUUCUUCACCUUCUUGUACUUCACCUUCUUUGGUAUGAUGACCGUGGCUGUGACCCCGAAUCAAAAUGUUGCUUCAAUCGUCGCUGGAUUCUUCUAUACAGUAUGGAAUCUCUUCUCAGGUUUCAUCGUUCCACGACCUCGUAUUCCAAUAUGGUGGAGAUGGUACUACUGGGGUUGCCCUAUUGCAUGGACCUUGUAUGGUUUGGUUGCAUCUCAAUUCGGAGACCUUCAAGAUCCACUUACUGAUCAGAAUCAAACUGUGGAACAAUUCCUGAGAAGUAACUUUGGAUUUAAGCAUGAUUUUCUUGGAGUUGUUGCAGCUGUGAUCGUUGCGUUUGCUGUUGUUUUCGCCUUCACAUUUGCUUUGGGUAUUAAGGCAUUCAACUUCCAGAGAAGAUAAAAAGAGUGUCUAUUUGUGUUUAAUUUGCUCUUGUUAAUUCUUGAAUAAGCUUUAUAUACAUUACUGAAUAGUAUGUGUCUUAUGUUUUAUUAAUCUUUCUGUUUUGUAUCACAUGUAGUAAUUGUUAUUCAUAAUUUUCUUUUUAUGGAAAUAUAUAUACAAUUUUAUUUAAUAGUUUUCUUCA